AUGACUAAUAGUGAUUCGAGUGCCUCUGCACCAACUGUGCAACCAUGGGAAAAUUCAUCUAGCCCCUAUUUCUUGUCUAGUAGUGAUAACCCUGAUAUGUCUCUUGUGGUCCAACACUUGAUUGAGGAGAACUAUAAUACUUGGAGUAGAGCAGUCCUUAUCUCUUUGGAUGCUAAAACCAAGUUAGGCUUCAUUGAUGCAUGGUGCAAGUGUAACAGCACUAUUUUGGCUUGGUUGUUUAACUCCAUUUCUAAGGACUUGCAACCUAGUGUGGUGUACUUCAAGACAACAAGGGAAGUUUGGGUAGACUUGCAGUAUAGGUACUCACAGGGUAAUGGUCCUAGAGUUUUUGAGUUAAGAAAGGAGGUGAAUUCUUUGACACAGGACAAUUUGACCAUCAAUGCUUACUACACUAAGUUCAAGGGACUUUGGGAUGAUUUGUCAAUUACAAAACUUGUACCUGUGGUCAUUAAGUAG